AUAUAACUGAAGAGCCAAAUCAAACAAUUUCUUCUCCUAUUGCUCAAAUUGAAUCGGAAUCAAUGCCACAACAAAAUCCAUCUUCGAAUAUAGCUGAAGAACCAAAUGAGACAAUUUCUUCUCCUAUUGCUCAAAUCGAGCCUGAAUCAAUUCCAUAA